AUGCCCGGGAUCGGGGCCGUGGGGGCCCGCUGCAGGCACCGCCCCAGGAGGCGCCCCGACCCGGCCGAGGCCGGCGGCCCCCCCGCCGCCAACGCCAACGCCGCCGCCGCCCUGUGGCUCUGGCAAUUCCGCCUGAUCGUGCUGGGCGACUCGACGGUGGGCAAGUCGUGCCUCCUGCACCGCUUCGCCGAGGGCCGCUUCCCGGGGCCCGCCAGGGCCGACCCCACCGUGGGGGUGGACUUCUACUCCCGCCUGCUGCAGCUCCAGCCCGGACCCAGGAUCAAGCUGCUGCUCUGGGACACCGCCGGCCAGGAGCGCUUCAGAUCAAUCACCCGCUCCUAUUACCGGCAUUCCGUCGGGGGCUUACUGGUGUUCGACAUCACCAACCGGUCUUCUUUCGACCACGUGUGCGAUUGGCUGGAGGAAGCUAAGAUGCACGCGGACCCUUUCCAGCUGGUCUUCAUCUUGGUCGGACAUAAAUGUGACUUGGAGUCCCAGCGCCAGGUCCCCAGAGAAGAAGCAGAAGAAUUGGCUUCCGCCUGCGGCAUGAAAUACAUCGAAACCUCAGCCAAGGAUGCCACAAAUGUGGAAGAGUCUUUUACCAUCCUGACAGCAGAUAUAUAUGAACUUGUGAAGAAAGGAGAGAUUACGGUGCAGGAUGGAUGGGAAGGGGUGAAAAGCGACUAUGUCCCAGACGCUGAACAUUCCCCGGAACAGGAAGACUCACCUGGAGACCACUGCCCCUGCUAAAAAAUGCUUGCAUGCUAAAGAGCUGUAUCAUACGGUGAUGUGUUGGCGCAUGAGGCCAGUGUAUA